AGGACAUCUGAUAUUAUUCACAGAAUAUUUUUGCGAUAUUCUUACCAGGCACGCAUUCGAAGCUUCAUCAUGCAUGUGUUCAGGGUCUGUCACAUGCUGUGUGCGCUUGUGGCUGCGUCCUUAUGUAUGAACGAGGUUGAGUAUGAGGGGAACUACGCAGACGACUAUGAAAAUGAGAUCUCUCAGGACCAGCAGGAAACGGAGUCUCAAACUGCUCAAUGCCAGCCUGCAGAUUUCUCACGCUGGGACAAGCUCUUCAUCGCUCUGGAGGACUCACACAUGAGGCAGAACAUGCUGCUGGCGUCUCUGGAGCAGUGUCGUGGAGGAAUGGUCUCUCUCAGGACCCAGGUGGAGAAGAUGGCCAGGGGGACGUGCCAGCAGUGUGUACCCAGCGUGGAGUCAGCGUGCAGGGCCCAAGCGGAGCAGGCGAGUCUCAGUCUGCAGCAAGGUUUGGUGGAGCUCAGGCAGGAGGAAGCAGAGAGGGAGAGGAGGUUGAACGCCACCAUGCAGAUGCUCCUGCACAGCAGCCGCGAGGAGAACGCCUUGCUAAGGCGGCCUGAAGAGGGCAGAGGUCACCGAGGGGUGUCAUCAGGGCCAGCAGACACUAGGACCAGACACCAACCGACACCAAGACCUGGAGGUUUGGGGGCAGUUUUCAGCUCGGGGACGAAGCCUUACCCAUCUGGCCUGAAGGAGCAGGAAAUAACUCCACCACUGGACAUGGCCACGAUGGAACGGGCCCUGGUCGCCAUAGCAACAGAGCUGCAGAGGGUUCACCUGCAGCUGAGCGAAGUGAUAGAGCAGGCGGGAACGUCGAGGAAAAACAGUGGAGACACAUGAAUCCACGAGAGGGGAAGAAUAAUGGAAAUAGACUGGGAACACUGCAGUGAUAUUGAUUUGCACAUUCUCAUUUUUAUGUUGUUUUUCUUAAUGGCCUUUUUUAAUACAAUACAAUUAAAUUGUGGUGAGUUCAUUACAAUGAAUAAAAGCUGAUUAAACCACCUAAUCAGACACAUGGAAAGGUUUCCUCUCUCCUCCCACACACUAUUCAACUGCAUAUUCUUACACUGUCCACACUUUCAUUUGUCUCAGUGGGUGCAUGUGCUUUGCAGAGUUUACACCAUCGCCUCAGAGUUUGUGUGGUUGUGGUGAUUGUCUGCAAAUAACUUCAACCACAAGUGAGUGUGUCAGAGGAUUAGCACACUGUUUAAUUCUGGGCAGGUCUCUCUCUCACUUAUUAGCUGCUUUAAGAGUCUGAAUGUAGGAGACCACGACUAACAGUGCUCUGGGUGUUUAUGAUUUAUGAAACCCUGCCAGAACCGCCGCCCGUCUACCCUGCAG